AUGAAAAGUGUUAUAGCAUUAGUAAAUAUUUCUAUAAUUAUUUGUAGCUUAACAAAUGUAAUUAUCCAAAAAGAUAAAUCCAUCAUUUAAGGGAUAUCUAAGAUGGAAUUCUAUUUGCUUAAUUGGAAGAUUAUUUGUAAUAUAUAUCCUCAUUAUAGCUUUCAAACUGAUUUGAAAAAAAACUUAUGGAAUUAAAUAAUUAAUCGUUUGCAAAAUAUUAGAAAAAAUAAUAACCUAUAAAUUCAAGAUUUUAGUGAUGAUAUUGCAUUUUCUGAUUGUAAUGAAGAAUUAACCAAAUUCAUUAAAUAUUUUCUUGAAACACUAUUACAAGUAAAAAAAGAGGAAGCUAUUUCAUAUAUGGUAUCAUGUCCUGAGUAUCAACAAUUAGAGAUAGCAAAUUUCAUCUUAAAUGAUAUAUAAGAAACAAAUGGUUUAUAAGAUUAUAGUCAAUAAGAUGUUUAAACUACAAGUAUGAUUAUAUCUCUUGAGGAAAAUUUGUAUAGUAAAGAUAAUAUAAUAACUUAAUAAAAUAAAUAGAUUGAAUAAAUGAAAUUAGAUUAUUAAAAUAUAUUAUAUGAAAUGCAAAAUAAACUAAUUGAAUAUACAGAUAUUAUUGAUAAAUUGAACUGUUAGAUUAACUUUUUUUUAGAUAAAGUUAUUUGCAAUGAUUUUGAAGAAGCUUGGCUUAAAUUUGAGGAAUUCAUCAAAGAUUAAGAAAAAAAUAAAUAAUAAAUUGAAGAACUUAAUAAUUUAGUGGAAAUUUAAUAAAAAGAAGUAUUUAAAAAAAAGAGAAAAAAUUAAAAAUUAAAAUCUUAAUUAUCAUCCAAUCAACCUACUGAAAGAGCACUAGAUUAUGAAACAGCAGAUUCAAAAGAUACUUCUGAAAUAAGAACAAUUGAAUUUCUUAAAAAAGAAAUCUAAAUUUUAAAGGAAGAAAAUCUAAAACUUAUGAGUAAACAAUCAUAAUAUGAAUAAGAUAUAUGUAAGUUUAAAAAAAAACUUUAUGAAUAUGAACAAGAAACAACUUAAUCUAAAAAGAAAAUGGAAAAAUAUAAGUUUGAAUUAGAGGAAUAUUUAAAUUCUAAUUAAUAAGACAAAAAAAGUUACUUAGAAAAUUUAAGAACAUAAGGAUUAUUAUCUUCUAAUAACAGUUAGAUUAUAGAAUUAGAAUAAAAAUUUUGGGUGUCACCAAAGUCAAAUUGUUUUGAUUUUAAUUAAUCAUUAUGUAAAUUCGAUCAUCCAGCCAGCAUUAUUAAUUAAUCUUUUAAAAAUCCCGAUGAAAACAAUGUAUAUAAAUUGUAAUAGUUAAUAACAGAGAAGAAUAAUAAAAUUGCCAAUUUGGAGAGAUAAAUUCACCUUAUUUAGCAUGGUUCUCAUUCUAGAGGGAGUUCUUUCACAAAGUUUAAUCAAUUUCAAUAGGAAAGGCAUGUUGAAUAAUCUAAUUUAUUGGAAGUAAAUAGUUUGAUUAUAAUUCUAGAGUUUAAGAUAUUAUAUAUAAUAUUCUUAAUAAAAAGAGAAAGAAAUAAAAGAAAUAAAAGAACAACAAAACGAGAAUUUCUUAAUAAUAUGCAAAUAAUUAAUAAAAUAAAAUGAAUAAAUUGAGAAAUUGAAUUCACUUAUUUUUUAAUUAUAAAAUGAUGAUUAGAUGAAAGAAAAUACCCAAAACUAAAGUUAAGAUUCACAAGAAGAGGAAUAAUAUUAUAUUUAAGCUUUAAAUGAUAAAGAUGAAUUAUUACAAUUAAUCACUACAUUAUUCUACGAAAAUGUUAAAAUUUGA